CAGCACCUACACUCUCCCAACUUCACCGUCAAGACAAUAGACGCCCCGCCUAUUGUCCUCCCUCCCGCGCUAUUGCCACCCUACCCUGCCGCUCUCUCCUCAUGGACUUGCGACUCCUCGGCUGUAUAUAUUCGACGUCCUCCCGUCACCCCCAUCCACCCAUACAAUAGCACCCACCCACCUCACGCUCACUCGAGUGAAGCAACCCACCCUAUUCCACACAACACAUUCUCCAUACUAAGACAUCAUCAUGCACGACCUCCGCAAGCAAGCUCUCUUAGAGAGCGGCAAGACCGUCUCCCGCAAAGCGCGCUCCAAGACCGGCUCUGCCUCGAGUAGCAAGCCCGGCAGUCGCGCCAACUCCCGCCCCUCCACGCGUGGCGGCAGCCGCAACGUCUCCGACGAUGAAGGGGAAAUGAGCGACACCACGCAGUGGAGCACCAACAGCAUCGACGAACUCGUCGCCGACGCCGCCGACAACGACCUCCCCUCCGAACACUGGAUUGCCGACCUCGAGGAUCGCAUCAAUGAGAUUUGCGAUCGGAAGAGAAGCUCGGCGCAGGGCAGGGAAGAAUGUCUGCAGACCUUCAACCUCGACCUGACUCGACACUAUGCCAUCGAGGAACUCAAGCCGAAAACCGACGCCCUGCUGCCGGCCGUGCUGAAGAGCGUCAAAUCGGGCGCCACGGAGCGUGAGACAGUCCUGGCGCUAAAAGCUCUCGCUCUCAUGCUCAUCACUGUGCCGUCUGAGACCAUUUACGACACCGUCGCCGGCCCGAUCAAAACCACCGCCACCGAUGCGACCCACCCAAUCGCAAAGAUCGCCGCAAUCCGCGCCUUGAGCAUCGCCACCUUCUACGGCGGCGCAACGAUCGAGGAGACCGAGAACGUCAUGGAGUUCUUCCUCGACAUCGCCUCAUCAGACGGCGGCGCAGUGGGCGAAGUAGACAACGCCGAGAUCGUGGUGGCCGCUAUCGAAGAAUGGGGCUUCCUAGCCACCCAGCUCGAAGACAUGGAAGAAACGACCGAAGUCGCGAUGGAGACGUUCGUAGACCAGCUCGACAGCGUCGACGCGCACGUCAAAAUCGCCGCAGGCGACAAUAUCGCCCUCCUCUUCGAGAAGAGCUACACCGAAGCCGAGUCCGACGAGGAGCCCGAAGACGACGACGCCGCGAAUACCAGCGAGUCCGAAAUCGCCCCCGACACCGGCGAACGCAUGAUCAAGCGGUACACCGUCUACCGCCAACGGCACCAACUCGAGCAGACACUUGAAGGCCUCGCCAAGGCCUCCACUAAGCGCGUGUCGAAGAAGGACCGCAAGGCACUGCACCUCACCUUCACCGACAUUUUGAACACGGUGGAGCGACCGACGCGGGGUCCUCGCUACUCCACUGCUCUGGAUGAGGAGGGGCGCGAAUUGGGCUCCCGGUUGAAGAUCAGCGUGCAUGGUGGGGGCAAGAUGACGAUUGACAAGUGGUGGAAGCUGCAUCGCUUGAAUGCGCUGAAGCGUUUGCUUCAAGGGGGUUUUGGGGUGCAUUAUGAGUUGAAUCCGGUGGUUUUUGAUAGCCUGCCCAUUAACGUGGAGGAUGAUUGAGUCAUGGUGGAGGGAAUAAGAGGCAGUUCGUUACAUCGUACUCAGGCUGGCAUAAUACUAGGUAGUAGUGGUAAUCAGGUCACACACAGGAAGCAGAAA